UCCACAUGAACGAGGCUACAAAAUCUCACUGUGCGUGGAAUACAGUUCAGUUUGUCAUUAGACAGUGUUCGACCAUGAGGUGUUUGCAAUCGGGAACGAUCUUGGGAAUAACCAUCUUCCUUGGAACUUUUGUCCAGGGGGAACCUCAACUCUUUGGAACAAACCCUGCAAAGUCGGUCUUGGGAGCGGCUGUGGGCGGUGCUUUAUUGGGGGCUGCAGGAGCCUUGGCCUUGAGCAAAAUCGCUAGAGGUCGCAACAAUCGAGGCCGAAAUAACUUUCGAAGCAGGUCUAGAUUCGGUGGCAGAAGGUAUGGAAAAUACAGAAGAUAUGGAAGGGCCCUGCCCGACAACCUUGGCUUUCCCGAGGAUGCUAUUGAAAGCACUGCCAAAAUGGACCGGGCCUUUGAGUAUCUGUAUCUAGCCUCUCAAAUGGACAAAGAUACUUGUGUUAGGCGGCUCAUCUGCCAUGUGAACGAUCCCAAGGUCCAGGACUUUCAACAAGAUGGAACAACUGACAUGUUCGCACAAGUAUUUGGAGCUGACGAGUUCGGCAAGUUGGAUUUUGGCUCUCCACUCGUGGAUUUGGAUUUGGCUGCCGAGAUUGGUCUUCAGAUUGGAGCCGAGCAAUGUGGAGUCGUCUAUUCACGAUGUGAGAAAAGCGUUCCAGAGAUCUUGAGAGAGAUGGGAGAGGCUGAGAAAAUCUUGCUUCAAGACGAGACCUUCCUGAGGGAACAAAACUUGUUGGCGUCGUCUGAAUGAUCGGCUUAUGAAAUAACCCUUCACUGUAUGCAUCAACGAUCAUCAAACCCGUGAAAGAGGCUUGAUUGGAAAGACACAAAAAUCUUCUGACUUUUUAUGCGUAAACCAGUUCUUUUCGAUGUAGUAGAAGAGGUCAUGAAUAAUGAAACGUCAUAUCACAUCUGUUCAACCUCAAACUUCUGAAUUAGAUGGGCUCCCGCAUAAAUUGAA